CGCGGGGGGACGGGAACCAGCCCGUGGGGACUCGGCUCACGGGGCGCCCCAGCAGCCAGAUGCCCCGGAGGAAGCCGGUGCCGGCGCUGGGCAGCCUCUGCCUGCAGAGCCUGGCGCAGCACAUGCAGAGCGUGUGGGUGAAGGACUACAGCGACAACUACCUGGACGAGUACCAGUUCCGCUACAUCAUGGGCCCCUUCAACGACCUGGCCGGCAGCCUGGUGCAGGACCUCAUCGGGCUGCUGGGCGAGAGCCGGCGCCUGACGCGAGCCGCGCUCCACCUGCUGCUGGUGCCGCACCUCCAGGAGCUGAGCCUGCGCUCCUGCCCCAGCCUCGUCAGCAACGCCAUCGGCCAGCUCGUCACCGUGCGCUGCAAGAGCCUGAGCGCCCUGGACCUGCACGGCUGCAGCCGGCUGUCGGCGGACGUGCUGGUGGACCUGGUGGAGGAGCUGCCGCUGCUGAGCCGCCUGGGGCUGGCGGAGACGCAGGCCAACGUCCAGGUGCUCUCGGCCGUGGGCUCCUGCUGCCGGCGCCUGCGGGAGCUGGACGUGUCCCGCUGCAAGAAGGUGUCGCCGCGCGCCCUGCGGCACCUGGCCUACGACCCGCUGGAGCGGGCCCUCUGCUGCCCCGUGCUCCGCGUCCUCCUGGCCCGCGGCCUCGAGCCGGGGGGGGACGGCGGCAUGGUGGCGGCGCUGGCCUUCCUGCUGCUGGCCCUGCCGCGCCUGGAGGUCCUGGCGCACAGCGCCGUGCCGGACGCGCUCUGCCUCCUCCACGCGCGGCAGCUGGGCGGCGGGGGGGACGCCGACGGCUUCCCCUCGCUGCAGGAGCUGGUGGCGCGGCGGCAGAACGGCCCCCGGCUCACCCUGCCGCUGCGGCAGCUGGAGGAGGUGGAGGAGCCCGUCCUCGGCACCGCCUGCGCCAUCUGCCCCGAGGCCGAGGAGGUCGGCGUGUGGCUGGGGGACGGCGCGGCCGUGGGAUGGGACGCGCUGCGCUGGGGCCGCCUGGCCCGGCUCAGCCUGUCCUGCGCGGGGCCGCGGGGCCGGGCGCUGGGCGAGGUGCUGCCCCUGGCGCGCAGCCUGGGCCCGCAGCUGCAGAGCCUCGCCCUGCACGGCUUCUGCCACGAGGACGAGCUCUCCCUGGGCGCCCUGCUCUGCAGCUGCCCCAACCUGCAGGCCUUCAGCACCGAGCUGCAGGCCCCGCCGGUCACCCGCCCUGACGAGGAGCCCCCCGACGAGGAGCCCCCCGACGAGCCGCCCCGCUGGGACACCGGCCUGCUGCCCCACACCUUCCCGCGGCUCCAGCGCUUCUCCCUGUCCCUGGCCGGCACCGGCAGCCCUUGGCCAGUCCCGCACAGGCUGGUGCUGCGUGCCACGCUGGCCUCGCUGCUGUGCCACUCGCCGCGCCUGCAGAGCCUCUCCCUGCUCGGCGUCCCCUUCUCGCUGGACUCGGUGUUCGAAACGGUGCUGGCGGCCCCGGGGCCGCCCCUGCUGGAGCUGCGGGAGCUCUCGCUGGUCGAGAGCCAGGUGUCCAGCCAGACUGUGCGGCUGCUGCUGGCCUCCGACGGCCGCCUGUGCCGCCUGGACCUGUCCCGCUGCCGCGACAUCUACCGCCGGGACUACGACGCCUUCCUGCAGGCGGUGCGCAAGCAGCGGCUGGACCUGGACAUCACCUGGGAGUAGGCGCCCAGCCCGGAGAGCGGCUCUGGCCGUACGGAGGUCUUUAAUAAAGGAGUUGCACUGCGA